AUGGGUGACUACGAGCAGCUUUAUAACCAGGGGCUUUACCUCUCCCCCGAUCAGCAGGACCUGUUGAUGGCGGCCCUCCACUCCAACAACCCCGCCAACAAGUACCCCAAUCCCACUCCACAGAUCAAACCUGAUCACAGUCCCGACAACUCCUCUAACGGCCUCAGUGGCCCUCCAUCCGGUGCACUGGACUCCAACUCACAUCUCAACCAGUUCGGCAACUUUGGAGAUGACGAGAGCCCGUAUCUUGACUUUGAUCCGGGUGUAGACUUCGACUACACCGGCUCCGGGAAUCUGAUUGGGGACCUCCCAGGACAGGACUAUGAAUUGGGCGAGAAGCGAAAGUCCAUCGACGGCAAGUCGGAGGAGGGUGAAGAGACGGGCAAGAAGCGGCGAGAGAGCGAGGCCAAGAAGCCUGGCCGGAAGCCACUGACUUCGGAACCCACUACAAAGCGUAAAGCUCAGAACCGAGCUGCUCAGAGGGCUUUCCGGGAGCGCAAGGAAAAGCACCUGAAGGAUUUGGAGACCAAGGUGGACGAGUUGCAGAAAUCCUCCGAUACCGCCACCCAAGAGAAUGGGUUGCUGCGUGCUCAGGUCGAGCGGCUUCAGGUCGAACUCCGUGAGUACCGCAAACGCCUCUCGUGGAUGAGCAGCGGUGGUAGCGGUCUCUCGGCCGUGAGCAACUACCCCAAUGCCCAGUCCCGGGGUUCGUACGGUCUGCAGAACAACGAGUUCCUGUUUGAUUUCCCCAAAUUCGGUGAUCUGCCGGGUGCCCAUUUGUUCAACGGCCCGAAUAAGGAUCAGUCCAAGAACAAGGAUGGUGUUCGUGCUCCUGGUGUACUGAGCCGCGACAAUCUGAACGCCGGCUCGCGUGGCCCAGAGACCAAGUCUAACUCCAGCACUCCCAAUGCAAAUACUGCCGGUUCUUACGGAACUCCCGGCAGUAACGCGUCAGUCAAGACACCCUACUCUGCCCUCAAAGCUUCUACCGCCCCCACUCAGGAUACAUCUAACUCGGAUUCGCCAUCGUCCUCCUCCGACUCACACCAUAGCCAGAUGCUCUCGUCGAGUGGAACAUCACCCGAGCCCAGCUCGAACUCCCCGCCGGAUGUCAAGAACUCCGGCGCUGGAAAUGUGUGCAUUCAUGGCUCCAUUGAUGGUGAGGAAUCCUUCUGCGCGCGACUUGGCAUGGCCUGCGGCAACAUCAAUAACCCCAUCCCAGCUGCCCGGGACCAAAAGGCCAAGUCCAACAGUGUCUCGAGCAAUCAACCCGCCCCCACCUCCACCGAUGACUCGAUGGGCUUCGAUUGGCUGGCUCAGCAGAAUGGCGGUCAAUUCGAUCCGGUGCUCUUUGGAGACUGGCGUGAGCCGCAGGAUGCCGUGCUGUCCCAGGACUUCGGGUCCUUCUUCAACGACGCCUUCCCACUUCCGGAUUUGGGCAGCCCGUCUCACAACCUGACCGAGGUUGCCACCACACAAGGCCCCAAGAAGGACCUGAUCGCCCAAAUCGACAGCAAGCUGGACGAAGACGAGGUUGUGCCGGGCGAGGAUAAGGCACAAAUGCUAUCGUGUACAAAGAUCUGGGAUCGCCUGCAAUCCAUGGAGAAGUUCCGCAAUGGCGAGAUCGACGUCGACAACCUCUGUUCCGAGUUACGGACCAAGGCUCGAUGCUCCGAAGGCGGCGUGGUUGUGAAUCAGAGGGAUGUCGACGAUAUCAUGGGCCGCGCCAAGUAGCCGACCUCACCCACGACUGGCAUAAUGGCCCGGGCCCGUCUCCGGACCUUUUUUUUUUCACGACUCACGGAAACCGUACACGUCCAUUGAACUUGUGUACUACGUUAUAUUACUCAUACCCACGAAUUAUCAUUUGAAAACGCACGGCGUCACGAAUACCA